AUGACCCAAAGAAGUAAAAGGGAAGAUGAUGAGAGUGUUAGAUAUGUAACACUUGGGUGUGCUCGUGGCGGUAAGGCAAGGAAACGUAUUACCAACAUUUCUAAACCACGCCCGACAACGAAGACUGAUUGUAAGGCGAGAAUUAAUGCAAUUUUGGCUGAUGGUGUCUUACGUAUAACUACUAUCUGCAAUGCACAUAACCAUGGGUUAAGUCCACAAAAGGCAAGAUUUUUUAGAUGUAAUCGAGCAAUUGAUGAUUCUGUGAAGAGGCAGUUAGAUAUUAACGACAAGGCAGACAUAGGUAUGGCCAAAAGUUUUAACGCAUUGGUUGUCGAGGCUGGUGGUUUUGAGAAACUUCCAUUUAUUGAAAAAGAUGCAAGGAAUUAUAUAGAUAAGGCUCGACACCUUAGACUUGGCAAAGGAGGUGCUGAUGCACUUCGUGGUUAUUUUGAGAGGAUGCAGUAUAAGAAUGAUGGGUUUUACUCAUCAAUGGAUUUGGAUGAUGAGGGUCGAUUAAAAAAUAUAUUUUGGGCUGAUGCACGCAGUAGAGCAGCAUAUGAUUAUUUUGGGGAUAUUGUGACAUUUGAUACAACAUACCUAACAAAUAGAUAUGGCAUGCCAUUUGCUCCGUUUGUUGGUGUUAACCACCAUGGACAGUCAAUACUGCUGGGAGCAGGUUUGAUAUCAAGUGAAAAUACUGAAACAUUUGUUUGGUUAUUUGACACUUGGUUGAAAUGUAUGGAUGAGAGGGCGCCAAAAGCUAUUAUCAUUGAUCAAGACAGGGCCAUGAAAAAUGCUAUUGCAAUAGUCUUUCCAAAUACCCGGCAUAGAUACUGUUUGUGGCACAUAAUGAGAAAACUACCAGAGAAGUUGGGCUCACCUGCUGAAUUUAAGUGUGGGUUGAAAAGUGCAUUGCAGAGAUGUGUUUAUGAUUCUCAAACUUCUGACGAGUUUGAGAAGUCUUGGGAGGUGUUUAUUAAUACUUACAAUUUGAAGGAAAAUGCAUGGCUUCAAAGUCUCUAUAGUGAGCGAAUGUAUUGGGUUCCCGUAUACCUGAAAAAUACAUUUUGGGCUGGGAUGAGCACAACUCAGAGGAGUGAGAGCAUAAAUGCCUUUUUUGAUGGAUAUGUACAUUCAGGGACUACGUUGAAAGAAUUCGUUGAUCAAUUCGACAAUGCAUUGAGGAAGAAAGUAGAGAAUGAGAUGGCAGCGGAUUUCCACUCAUUCAAUUGCACAGUCCCUUGUAUAUCUCAUUUACCCGUGGAGAAAAAAUUUCAAGCUGUGUACACGAAUUCUAAAUUUAAAGAAGUGUAG